AUGCUGAUAAAUUCGCCGAGGUUUGAUGUUUACAGCAACGAUUUCGGGUGGGGGAGGCCGGUGGCGGUUAGGGCCGGCGCCGCCAAUGCUUUUGACGGCCGGAUAACUAUUUCGCGGGGUUUGGAGGAAGGGAGUGUCGAAAUUGAGGCGUGUUUGGCUGAGGAAACUUUAUCCGGUUUGGAAGUGGAUAAAGAGUUUAUGGAAUUUGCAGCGGCGAUGGAAGAAGGCGGUGGUAGCUCGGAGAUGGAGCCCAUGAACAUCGAUAUCUCCGCCGACUCGCUCGAUUGCUCGGCCGUUUUCCAUGUCGUCGCCGACGUCCUCGGCUUCGUCCUGUUCAUGCACCAGCAGAUCCCCUCAGUACUUCAGGACAUCACCCAGGAGUUCGACGAUUUGAGCGGCGAGUUUCGAGAAUUGGAGCUUGAGCUAGCGAAAAGCGAAGGGAUGGCGUUAUCAACGAGGAGAAAACAAGCGUCGAGGAGAAGAGAGGUGAAAAUGGGUAUUCGAAGGUUAGAAAAAGUAAUGGGCUGCAUUUCCAAUCUCAAGAAUGCCCUUCAGCUGGUGAUUACUGAAGUUCCAGAUGUGGAGAAGAUUUCUCUGGUUCUUGGUCCUAGUCCACUAAGGCCUUUGCAUACUUAUGAACUGAGUUUUCCACUUGAGAAAUCGUUUUCGGGUGAUUUUGGUCGAACUAAAGUUGCGGAGACUCUUUCCCGAAAGGCGAUACGUACGUUGAUAUCAAUGGGUGCUGGAUCGGAUUCGUAUGUUGGUUCGACAAAGUUGUUUCUGUUGGUGAAAGCUCCUUCUCACCUUAGCCUGCCUCUACACUUUCUUCCCAAACGUGAUUUUCGGCAAAAUAAAAAGAAGGUGCCGUGGAGAUUAAGAUUUAGGUGCAGAACCCGAGAUGUGGAAAUGAACGAUCAGCCGAAUGAUUGUGUUGGUUCUGCUGGAUUCGAGGAAUCCACGUCAAAAGACAUGAUCUGGUUCCAGUGUAGGCACACAAUCAAGGGUUUGGCUUGCGGGAUAUCGCCUUCUGAAGAUUGA